AGUCAGUAGCACGUCGCAAGUCCGCGUGAUCAGUCCGGCCAGUGUGUGACUAGUCAACUUGUCGUGCAGUGUUCAAGCAUUUUCUGACUGGGUGAGGAAGCCCCCAUUCACUACUCCCCUCCUCCCGUCCAAAACUGCAAUAUUUGUGAGAUGGCUUCAUUUUGUGACAGAUAAUUGUGGCAGCGCAGGACAAUGGGGAAGAGGAAUUCCAAGUUGAAACAGGAGACAAUCGAUCGUCUUAUGAAUGAUACAUAUUUCUCGGAAAAAGAAAUUCGACAAUGGCACAAAGGCUUCCUUAAAGACUGUCCAAAUGGACUCCUCACAGAAGAGGGAUUCAUAAAAAUCUACCGACAAUUCUUCCCACAAGGAGAUCCAACGAAGUUCGCUUCACUCGUUUUUCGAGUAUUUGACGAAAAUAACGACGGUUCCAUAGAGUUUGAAGAAUUCAUCAGAGCCUUAUCAGUUACGUCUAGAGGGAAUCUGGAUGAAAAACUACAUUGGGCGUUCAGACUGUACGAUGUGGAUAACGAUGGCUUCAUCACAAGAGACGAGAUGUACAACAUCGUUGACGCCAUCUAUCAAAUGGUGGGUCAGCAACCCACCUCCGAGGACGAGAACACGCCGCAGAAGCGAGUCGACAAAAUCUUCGACCAAAUGGACAAGAACCACGACGACCGUCUGACCCUGGAGGAGUUCCGCGAGGGCAGCAAGGCCGACCCGAGGAUAGUACAGGCGCUCUCAUUGGGCCAGGACGCCGGGGGCGGUGGGGGUGGGCCAACCAGUGCGCUGCAAACGUAAGUGGCACAACCGCCCCUCUAGUUGUGCGUCACAACCGCCCCUCUCAGUAGUGUAUGGGACUGUAAAUUGUAUAAUCGCUAAAAACGAAAUGUCGUUUUGGCUCAUUUUGGAUGGACGAUGUUGGUUAGGAAAUUGGAGUGAUGUUACAAGUUGGUAUGAGUAGUUGUGGGACUGGAGUAGUGAUUGCGGUAAAAACGUCAAUGUAGUUCUGGACGCGAAAUAUUUGAGUUGGGUAUGGAAUAUUUGAAGUAUUUGAUAAUGGGUAGUUGAUGGACUGGAGUCGUGAUUGCGGUGAAAAUGUCAAUGUUGUUCUGGAAUAUUUGAGUUGGGCGAAUGAUGUUGAUUAUGGGUGAACUCGUUGGGGUAGUAUUACAGGUAUGGAUAUAAAUUAUUAUGUGGGGAUUAUUAUGUGCGGCUAAGUGGGAUAAACUUGACUUUCAUCAAGAGCAGCGACUUGGUAGUUGAGUUAUUUGGAGUGUUGGUGAAGGUUUGAAUGAGAAUUGUAUUGAUAAUUGGGACAAACGUCACUAUCACAAAGGGCUACUGAGCUACAAAAUUUUCUAGAGCAGUUUUGAACUGAAAUUUCCACCACUUGAUAAGGAGGUCAAUAAUGAUGCCGCUUGGAGGAUACGUGAUUGUUCCGAAUUGAUCAUUCAUGAGAGACUAUGAUUGGUUGAUAUUCACGAAAUGAAUGAUCCUAUCAGAAAUUGAUUUUUAUAACUUGUAAGGAUAUACUUGAUAAUUGAGGUUGAGUAACAUACGUGACUUGUAUUUUUAGAGUAAUUUGCAAGUUGAAGAACUUGUUGACAACAAAUCAAUUCUCUUUAGAUUGAUGUUAUUGAUCUUCAUUGAAUUGUGGGGGCGUGAUUGAUUCGGGAUUAGUUAGUAAGCGUAUGUGACUUGAUUCUAAAAAAAGGAGGAGUAAAAAGGAGAAGGAGUAAUCUUAGAUAGGUGUAAUCUUGUGAAAUGUUGGAAAGAUUAGUAAGGACCUCACUAAUACCUGGUGUUGACUACAAGUUAGUUGAUCACAGAGUUUACGUGAGAACCCAUUGUAGCCUACAUGAAGAAUAUUGAUACUUGAUUUCUGAGAUAUCAUCGGAAGAUGAUGAUACACUAGAAUUAGAUUUUCUAGUAAAGAAAUGCUUAUUUCUGAUUGAGAAUAACGAUUGUUGGAUGCUAGGAGUGAUGAUAAAUUAUAUUAAUGAUACUGAUAGGUUAGUAUCAUUGAAAAUGCAGUAUGUUACUCAUAGAACGGUGAUUAGAAUGUCUAAUGACGUUUAGUUGAGAAGUGAUAUAAUAGAAAUAUGAAACUGUGAUUGUAGUGAAGAAUCAGAUCGAUUGAAUCAUACAAAAAUGGAGAUGCAUUUUCACAACCCCUAUUGUUGAGAAGAGUAUUGAAUAUAUAGUAAUUAAUAUAGUACGCGGCUUAUAAAUCAAUAAGAUGAGGAUUGCAAAGAGGAAAUUAUAGAGAAGCAUCGGAAAGAGAAUGAUGACAAAAGCUAUCGGGAAUUAGCGAGUUGCCGAACUACAGUAAUCUUUGAUCAUAGAUUUUGUCCAAGGAUGAAUGAAUAGAUGAUGCAUUUGAGAUAAUCUGGGGCUUUCGAGAACCAUACAGUAUUCCUUUUUGUGCUUUGUAAAUACGUAUUCUAUAAGUAAAUUAAUAUAACUAUGAUUGUAUAGCUACUUGUACAAUAUUUAUAUUUCAACGCCUUGUAUUCUACUACGCUAAUAUUAAAUUUGUUUACGAGC